AGGCUGAGAAAGGAAAUACACAAGCAUGUUGGUUGGAUAUUUAGUGUUUUCAGAGUUGAGCAGCAAGUGCAUCCUUUGUCACUCAACACCAACCCAGAAAGUUGUCUAUUCUUUCAUUUUGGCUGUGACAAAUUCCCUAAGUUUUAUUCCAGUACACAUGCAUCACAAAUUUCCGCCUGACUGGUAAUUUUUAUUCACAUAUAAGGACUGCUGCAGGGUGCCUGAGACGCAAAAUAUUACAUGUCAAGUAUGUAACACACAAGAAGAAAAAAAAUUAAAUAGCUCAGUAAUUUUAACAGAAUAAAUGCAGUGCAAUUUGAUGGUCUUUUUUCCCAAAAUAUCAUGGAACAUUUGUUCCAGAUCGCCUUUGAGGACAUAGAGGAGCCAAUACCUUGAGCAGGAUUCUAUGCUACUUCCCACAGUAUCAUCAGCCAAGAGGAAAGUGUUACUUCUCAAUACCUAAAAGUUAGGAAGAGCCAGCGUGCAAAGCUGGGGCACAUCCUUAGGCAUCUCACAGAUGUUCACCAACUAGGCCAGGCAGCACAGGAGCAGGAUGUGAGAAGGCAGACAGUGAACUCUCUCCAUCUUGACUGCAACCAGCACAAAAGGCAGCUUUGGCCUAGAACCAGGGUGUAGUACUUCACUAUGUUGCAGUGCCUUUCUCCUUCUCCUUUAACUGGAAAACGAACAUGGUCUGAAACACCAACAGUAUCGCAAACCACAAUGCUGUUCAAUUGGUUUCAUACAUAUUUCUGAGAGAUUCAAAGGGGACAUGUGGACUGUUGAUUUCAAGAAAGAAAUUCCCAGGGCUGGACACUGGUUAGGAAUCAAGGAUAUGGUAGUUAUCCUCCAUUUCAGGGCAGGGCAUAAGUCAGCACUGCCAAGUCUAACUUACUACAGACAAGCUGAUUGUCGCAGCUUUAUCAAAAACCCGCAAGCACUUAAUCUCUUUUCUGUCAUCCUGAAAAGUGAUAGUCUAGUAACCAAAGAAAAACCAAUUUACCCAACUUACUGAGUUGAAAGCCAGCCGAGAUGUCACUGGAAGUAGUGGUCUCACUGUGACCUGCAUUGUACUAAUUCUGGCCUUCUCUCAUGGACUUCCUGAGCUACCUUUCAACUCUGGAGUUUGAGUAGAAGAUGUGGAGUAGCCAACCCAACUUGGAGUUCAGCCUCUACUCCCAAAACCACACAAGAAAUCACCACAAUUAUGCAGUCAGAGUCAUUAAUUCAGGUAUUGCAACCUGUGCAGCUCUGGUAAUAAGGGAUAAACUUCAUCACCAAGAAGAGCCACAAAAUUUGAAAUACUUGAACCUAGUAGGUGAAAGCUAAGCAAAAGGGAUCAUACUGGACCUCUUUGCUAUCAAAUUAUUGUCCUUGGAAAGUGUGUCUGCCCCUGACAUAUCCAGCCUCUGCAGAAAAGGAACAGUUUCUCACCGUUUCUCAACUCCUUCUAGGUUUGAAAAGUGCUUCCUUGUAACUGCCUCCCAACUCUGGUGUGGCACAAAAGCCACACCUGUUUCUCCAGAAAUAGGAUAACAGGUUUGUCUGUUAGAACAAACCUUUCUUCUUGUGUGUAAUUGCCUCAUCUUAAUGUCCACCCCAUGAAGUCAUUUCGCAGAAACUUCAUUGGUGCUAGCCAUCGUGAUCAGCUUGCUCAAGGGCUGUUACCACAAAUUCCCUCUCUAUAUAAGGUCUCUGAGAAGAUGAGCUUUGUACAGGCCAUAUCCCUUCUGGAAGUCUCAUAAUUCUGCAAGAAUGAACACCAUCUUGGCCUGCCUUCUUGCUCUUGCCAUCAGCAUGCCACUGUCCGAUGCUUAUUGUGUCUUUUCGCCCUUCGAGCCAGGGAUGUCUAAUGGUGUUGUUGUAGGCUGCCUCGACAAGGAAGGAAAUGUCCACGAAUUUGAUUCCCACUGGAGGACUGAGGACUGCAAUGAUUGCUCCUGUUCCAAGACUGGAAUUAGCUGCUGCGCUAGCUCUAUGAACCCAGUUGACUAUGAUAAAGAGAAAUGUGAAAGCAUUUUCAACCAGGAGACUUGCUCUUAUAAAGUAGUGGAGAAAGACGAUCACUCAAAAGAAUGUCCUGUCAAUUCAUGGGUUGGGUAAUAGAAGAAUGGUGGAUUGAGGGAAUAUUUCCUUUUAUUGUUCUGAUGGUUCUCUCACAAAUUUAAAAACACUUAAAAUGCAACUGUUGAGUGAAAUCUAUUAAUAAAGCCCAACAUAUAAUGAAACUGAGUAUCUACUUACAAAAAUUUCCCUUGGUUUCCCUGCAUUAUGCUUCACCAUGAACAAAGAACUGACCUGUUCCUUCCUUGAGGUCAGACAUUAAAGGUGACAUUUUAAAGCAUUCCUGGUAGCUGCUAAUCUAUGUUCUUCUCUGGUCAUGUUCCAGUGCCAAGGAGCAUAUUCUAUAAUCUGUGCAAACCUGUUUCUUAAAGCUAAAAUAAAAUCAAAUAAAGCAUCAGAAA